AUGUGUAACACUCUACGUAAUUUGAAGGAUAUUUUAUGGAUUCUUGUAGAAGAUAGCACGGAACCUUCAUGGGUUGUAUCAAAUAUUUUAAAUGAUUGUGGUGUCCCUUUUGUACACCUAAACAUCCCAACACCACAGUCAGAAAAACCUAAAGCGAAUGAACCAUUUUGGUUUCGUCCUAAGGGCAUACUUCAACGUAAUCUUGGACUUCAAUGGUUGCGCCAGAAUCUUAUUUUAGGUAGAAACAAAGGUGUCUUAUACAUCGCUGAUGAUGACAACUCCUAUAAUUUACGUAUUUUUGAGGAAAUGCGUGGUACAAACAAAGUUUCAACAUGGCCGGUUGGAUUUGCAGGUGAACUCCCAUGGGAGGGUUGUGUGACGUCUAAAAAUCGGACGCACAUCAUAAGUAUGUGGUCAGUGUACAAACCCGAGCGUCCUUUUCCAAUUGAUAUGGCAGGAUUUGCAGUUAAUAUUGAUCUUAUUCUUCAACACAAGAGUGCUGGAUUUGACUACAAACGUUCACGUGGAAUGCAGGAAUCACAAUUUUUGUUAGAUCUUGGUUUAAAAAACUGGAGAGAAUUGGAACCACUAGCAGAUGGUUGUCGGAAGGGAGGAGUCAUCGAACAAUGCAAUCAAGGGUCAAUGAACAUGUGCCUAAAUGGCUUCAAAAUCAAUGUGUGUCAAACGAUCCGAUCAACGUGGGUGGUAGAAAACCAGGUUCAUCGAUAGCGAAACAUAUAAUUUAAACGGGGCACAAAAUCGACAUUAAUACAGCUUUUAAAACGUUGUAUAGAAAUUGUGAUGGACGAAUUCUUAAGUUUAUUGAAACCUUGGCUAUUCGUAAAUUUAAAUCCCCCUUAUGCGUACAAAAACAAUUUGUCGUAACCUUGAAUUUACCUUGGUAAUCCUGAAGUCAUUCUAUGGCCUAGGAUAACGCGAAAAUUUCUUAUUCUUCCUCUCCCCUUUGUUACAUUUUUCUUGUUUUUUUUUGUCUGUUUGUUUGUACUUUAACUUUCAUGUAAUUGACCUUUAUUAAUUUUCAUAUAAAAUGCCCUGACAAGUAUAUGUGUGACCAGAUUGUUCGAAAUGUAUAGCGCAAUUACAUCACAUUUUUCAGAUCAACUCCGUCUUCUCAUUGUUCUAUCGAAAAUUAUAUUUAUACUUCUGCUUGGUUGGUUCUUUUAGUUUUCUUUCUAAGCACUUGGAUUAAUUCAUAACCAGUCUUUAAAAAAAAAUAGUUCUUCGUAUGAAACGUAAUUCAUUUUAAAUCAAAGAGAUCUCUCAAGUCAUCGAUUAUGGUGAUCAUUAUCAAUCGUAUCGCUGUAUUUUAAUCAUAUUGCUAAUAUAAUAUAUUAUCGACAUCUUUUUCUCAUUGGUAAGUGUUACUCAAACAUUUCACCGAAUGGAGCCUUGACUGUAAAAUUAAGAAGAAAUAUCCGAUUAUAAGGAAAAUUAUUUUAUGGUUAAGCUGUUUGAAGAAAUACGAUAUUGUUUAAUUUUAAACACUGUCGAGACAUUUUGAGGUCAUUUAUUGAAAUUUACUAGAGUAUUUUUCCUAAUGAAAAGUGGGUUUUAAUAUAUUAAAUAAUUACUCAUACUUUCCGAUUUAUUGAAAGUGUUCCUUUGUUGUGAUUAUUUCACGACGAUUUAUAAGGUCUCAUUGAGUGAUUUCACUCGCUUAUCACCAAGCAGUUGGUAUUUGCUUUACGAUAAUUUUUCAUGCUUCUCUAUCCAUCUGUGGAGGUUUGUAUUUUCAGUCUUAGCAAAUCCACGUAUCAUCUUACGGGACAAUCGGAUCAAUAAAAGAAAUAAACCAAAAAUGAACUGAAUAAAAGAAAUAGUCUCUUUUUUCUGCGCGAAAUAGGAACGAAAAGUCUUCUCAUUACCAUAUUUUUACUAUUUGGCCAGUUCACCAUUAUAUUUAUAGUCUGUUCAAUAAUCAAUAUUGUGCUUUACAGCUGCAGGUAUUUUGUGUGCGCUCAACUGACUAGCAUAAGCAUUCAAUCUGAAUUUUAUCCAUUUAUUAUUAACGUUAACAUAAGUGAGUACUUGAAAAUAGAUGAUGUUCGUAGACUACUAGUAUGUGAUCAUAGAUGCCUUCAGAGUGUUGCUCGUGUAUGCUUGAACCACCAACCAAUGUUGAAGUUAGAUACAUUGUACUAGGUGAGAGUUACAAAUUUAUUGAUGACGCGGUAAAUAUUCGUUGACUGUAGUAAUUAGGACAUGUAUUACCUACCAAACUUAAACUUUACAUCAAUCUUUAAAGUCACCGACUAUUGGAUGGAGCUAUAUAGAUAAGUGUAGGAGGCAUGGUUGAAGUCUGCGCGAUUUUUUUAACCAAUGAUUAGAAACUUUGGGUGAUUUAGCAAUGCAGGUGCACUCAAUGUUUAUCUUCUCUUAAAUCUUAAGUUUCUAAAUUUUCUUGUGACUCCUUUACUUCAUGAAUCCAUAUUUUCUUCUUGAAUGCUAUCUUCCGUACCUAAUGUUUCCUAAUACUACUAACACUGUGCUGCUUAUACUACAUCUUCCUGUGAUGUGAUACAGCAACUUGAAUCGAUGCACAAGUUUCUUAGGUUGUAGAGGAGAAGCGAAAAAUCAUCUCUUUCGCUGUUGCUAAAAUUGUUAACAUAAUUCGAACAUUCACUAACAUCAUAUAUUAUCCAGCUUAUUUUAUUUCAAAUAUUUUUAACAAUCUCCGGAUAUAAUAGUCAUUAUUUUCCGCUUGAUAGUAAAUUACCACAGUAACUAAUUCACCAGGCAUAUGAGUGUGUGCUACUCUCUAAGUAUGAGGACUAGUGAUACUAUUCAGUAGUCCACACUCAAGCAAAUGGAGCGAGGUUUGAACUUGGGACUUAGUAAUUGCAAAUCAAAUUCUAUCACCCCGCUUAUAAUAAAAUAGUAUUCGUAAUAUAUUGAUUCCUUAGUAUCAUUUAACCUGAAACCAUCUUCCAGCUGUACAGCUAUUUCUUUUUUACUUUUCACCUAGAUCCUAGUGUGGCAUACACGUACAACAGAACCGCUUUUAACACUAUGGAAUAAACUGGAAUCACAAGGAGUCAUAUCUCCACCUAUAGAUGAUUGGCCCUAAAAUAUGUAGUAUGAUUCUAAAUGAAAACAAUUAUCUGUCUGUCAAAAUACUCUUUAUUUAGACAGUAUUCACUUAUCCCAUCAACUAUAUUCAAAAGAAACCAAAAGUUACAUCUAAACGUCAUGUAUAAUCAGCUAUUCAAAUUGUUUAUAAUAUAACGCAUACAUUUUUUUAUGUAAAUAAUACGUAGUUCGUAUCAUAUUAUUUAUAGAAAUAAAAUAUUUUUGAAUUUCUAUCAUUUUUGUGUAUAUUCUAGCUUGCUCGUCUCACUUGUUUAUUUGUAAUUGUGAUUGUUUUAAUUCUUCUUGUUGAAUAAUAGCUAUUGUGUAUAAUUUAUUCAGUUGAGUUUUUAAAAAAAUAAAAUCCUUACUAUCACACAACGAAGCUAUAUGGUAAUCAACAAUUACUGUGUAGUUUGAUCAGUUAAUGAGAAACGUGGUUUUAACGAAGUGAAUUUUCAAUUCGAACAGCUUUCGCAUAAUUUGAGUUUUUGUAUUCGUGUGAUGAAUUAAAGAGAUAACUAUGUACAUGUCUGAAGUUCACAAAGUACUGAACACGAAGUACACAAUGAAAUACGUUAUUCUAGUCUAAUUAGUUUUCUUUGUACUUAUUAAGACCGCUUUUACUGUAUUUCUAUUCGUAUAUAUAUUUCGUGCACCUAUAAUUGGUUGCCUAUCCAGUUAUUUAAAUAUUAUUUUGUUAUUUCUGCAACUCCCAUCUCAUCACAUUGUUUUUGUACGUGAUGGGUGUUGAAUUUCAGAUUUGAUAUUAAUUCCUAUAGAUCAUUGCAUACAGUAUAGUAUAAUUUUUCAAGCCAAACAGUGGUAAUUUCGGCUUUCAGUUUAAUACACCAACGCGUAUGAAUUAUUCUGAUUUAUAUUGGUUAUUAUAUCAAGUUUUUCCCACACUUGUUUGCUAUCUUUUAGAUUGUGUACUUUGUAUCUGUUGUUCUCAUUGCAUCUUGUAUUUUCUAGAGUAUAGUAAUUCUACUUGGACAUAAAUAUAAUUGAUGACUUUCGCGGGGAAUAUGGAGUCGUAUUUUCUUCAUUUUCGACUUUCAAGUCUGACUUUAUUUAAUAAUUCAUUUGCAUGACCGUUUCAUAUAGUUUCACCUUAUUAACUAGAUAGAUUAUAACACUUGUUUUCCAUUUCUCAGGGAAAUCAUGUUGGUAAUCGGAUAAUGAGACUGAAUUUGUUAUAUUCUUCAUCUCCUUUAUGGUAAGGUAAUUCAGUUGUGACAUGAAGAAUACAAUCGAUUUCGUUUCAUUUUUCUGUUACUAGCAUGAUCUCCAUGAGAAAAGAAUACUGGGUAACUAAACAACAUGAUAAAAAUAACUGGUUAAUCUUAUAUAUUUCUGAUGAGUUACCCUAAGAGUAAUUAAUAGUUUAUAAUACAUAUUAUUGGGAACACAUUACAGUAGUUUAUUGCUCUGCAGUUUAUUGAUGGUAUCUUCGCCUCAUAAAGUUGGUCAUAUUUCGUGUUUCGAUUUUGAUGUUUUGUGGAAUUUCUGUGGGAAGACUUGCUGUUGAAGGCUCUUCCAGUUUCUUUUCCAUUUUCAACAUUUUGGACCUAUGUAAAUCUUCCCAUUCCGAUCCACACUUUGAACUGGGCUGACUACUGUACACAUUUUACACUUUAAAGUCCAUAGUAAUUAGGAUGACCUGGAUAAGCUAAACCUUAUAAAUCGUACUUGAUUUUCGAUCCUGCCUAAUAUAGCAGAUUAGUCAGUUGUAUAUCACAACAGGUUAUUCGGUUAAUCCAUUAAUUCUGGUUUCGCUUCUUCUAAUUCACAUCAAUUACUGUCGUUGUUUAGUGAGCUACAAUUCUUCCAUAGACUCAAGUUUACUAACUUGGCUAGUUCAUCGUAUAAAUGCCAUUUACAUUCACAGCAAAAAGCCAUUGCUCUUCGAAUAAGAAUUAUAUUGCCUUAAGAUAUGUGAAAAAAAUUUUAUAAAAAAAAAUAGCCGGUCGCUUAAUGAUAUUCCUGGUACUGUUAUCCAUAUAUAGUACAAAAAUCAAUACAGCACGGAUGGCAUGACCUCCAAUCAAUUUCAUAGUGAUAUACAUGUUAGAACACAUCAAUGUUCAACACUAGGCAAGCACAAAAUACCAUCAUUUUGGCAUUUCAAUAAUCAAUAAUAGUUUCUCAUUAAACUAGAUACAUUUGAAACUUCGUAAAUUUCUAAUAUUUUUUUGUUUGAUGUUGUGAACAAGUUGUGUAACUAUAGUCUAUUCUUAACACUGUUUUUAACCUUAUAAACUGUAGUUUACUUUUUAUUGGGACAUAUUUCAGGAC